AUGGACAGCUUUGGCGCGCCGCUGCUUCCCUUGGCAGAGACGCGAGAAAGCAGAGCUCCCGUGGUGCAGGGCCUGGCGCUGACUGGACUUCUGGCCUGCGUGGCCCAGCUGCCAUGGCUUUUGGCACCGGAGCUUACAGGCGCGCCGCUUGUGCUGGCCUCCGGUCCGCUGGGUCUUGGGGGCUAUCUAGGAUCCCUCGGCAUCUUCUUGCGGCAGUACUAUGACUGCCUCAUACCAUACGUCUGGCCCAUCACUUACUGCGGGAUCUUCAUGUUUGUCCUGGUCUUUGUGAUGUCCUUCCUCAAUCACGCCAAGGACUUCUCCGGCUUUGCGAAGAUGAUGGAGGCCUUUGGACUACCAUGCCCGGCCUUCAUGGCUGCUGGAGGCCUCUUCUCUCUCCUCGCUGGUUCCUUGUGCUACCUCACAGGAAUCCCGGUCUUGAUGGAGUGGGGCGCGGAGUUCCUCUUCAUUUUCCUGAUAGCAUCUACAUAUUUCGGGCACUACAAACCUUGGAAGCAGUCCCAGGAAAUGAAUCACUUCAUAAUGGUCCUGAAGAAUAUCGGUCUAUGUGGACACUGCCUGCUGACCAUCGGCUUCGAGGUGCCGGAGAUCGGCAAAGACGGAACCCCUUUGGGCCUGCAUGGAGCUUUGGGCUCCUUGGGGGUUUUCUUUGGGAAGAUCUAUGCCCUCUUCCGGCCAUAUUCCUAUGUCUUCAAGUACUCCGGCUUGGUCCUCUUUGUCACGCCCUUCCUGUUAUCGUUUCUGAAUCAUGCGCAGGAUACCAAGCAGUUUGUUGGAAUGAUCAUGGGGUUUGGCUUUGGCCGUGCCAUGGCAACAUUCCUCGCUGUCUUCAGCUUGAUUCUCCUCUUCGUGUCUUCGCUCUUCUACGUGAGCGGAGUUCCAGUGUUGAUGGAAAUUGGGGCAGAGGGCCUCUUCACAUUCUUGCUCUUCGCGACCUACUUUGCCCAUGUCAGGCCCUACCGGCAGACAGGAGAUAUAGGUCACUUCUUGCACAUCCUCAAAAACAUCUCUCUGGCCGGGGCUUGCGUAAUGACGAUCGGCAUUGUCAUUCCCCAGAUCGGUGAGCGUGUGGGUGGCCUGCUGGUGGACGCCAUCAACCUCCAGUCCUCGCGGGAUGCUGCUGCUCUGUGGGCCUACGAUUUGGUGAUGCGCGAGGCCAUGGAACGAGUGAAAUACUGGGGAAAGAGCAAGAAGCCAUUAGCGAGAGAGGCUGGGGAGGGGUCCGGAUGA